CUGUGCAAACCAGUGGGUGAGAGAAAGAGACAGAAAAGCGCAGCAAGAAAGACUACAGGGAGACUUGGAAAGGAAGCACGGGGCGAGAAGCCAGAGGGGAGAGGAAUAGACGCAUGAUGAGAGGAGAAGAAACAGAAGAAACCCAUUCCAGCUGUGUUUGUAACAAAUAGAGCCGAGAUAACAUCUUCACGUUGAAGAAUUUUCCGCUGUACACCAAGGGAACAAUUACCUCUGACAUUUUUGGUCAGUAUCAGCUGUUUAUUUAUUUUUGAUCAAGCUGCAAUUCAAACAGACUAUCUAGUAACAGGACAGAAAUAACACCAAGUUUAAGUGGAAAAGAAGUUUUACCGGUGCUUUUAUAAGACUUUGUUUUGUGCAUUAAAGGCCUGGCUUUGACUUAUUUGAGAAGAUUUAAACAUGAGUGCAGACAACUCAACUCUGCUGGACAGCUUGCUCUUUCCCCCUCUCUGCGAUGGCUGGAGCAACAACACAGAGGGAGCCAUCUACCAGCUGGGCAACACCAUCCUAUUUCUGGGCUACAUGGGAGGAAGCGGGGCCUAUGGGUGCCUCUUCAUCUUCAGCUUCCUUUCACCCGGCUUCUUGUGUCUCCUGCUGUGGGGCAUGCUAACAGUGUGCGGCCUGGAUGUCUUCACCUGGAACCUGCUUCUGCUGCUGGUCUGCUUGCUUCAGCUCUGCCACCUCCUUUACCGGGUUCACCAGGAGGGGAUACACAGUGAGGAGCUGGCCUCCCUCUACCAGGCAGUCUACCUGCCCUUGGGUGUGCCUGUGCAGGUGUUCAAGGAAAUUGCAAAGGCUUUUGAGAACAAGGUGCUGGAGCUGAAGGCAGGGGAGACAUAUGCUGUGGAGGGAAAGACGCCCAUUGACCAACUCUCCUUUCUGCUUUCUGGGAGGAUCAACGUGUCUUUGGAGGGCCAGUUUCUGCAUUACAUCCACCGACACCAGUUCCUUGACUCUCCUGAAUGGGAGUCUCUUAGACCAAACGAGGAGGGAAAAUUCCAGGUGACCCUGACAGCAGAGGAAGACUCCUGCUACAUCUCGUGGCGUCGCCGCCGCCUCUACAUGCUGAUAUCAAAGGAUCGCUACAUCGCCCGUCUCUUCUCCGUCAUGCUGGGACACGACAUUGCUGAAAAGCUCUACAACCUUAACAACAAGCUCUACAUUAAAAGUGGUGUGCUGCUGGACAUCCGCUUGCCAAGCCUCUACCACGUGCUAGCUCCCGCCUUGCAGGGCAGCGAGGGUGGCAGUGGUAGUGAUGGAGGCACUGCCAGGGAGCAACAAGCUGAACAACACAUCCAAGACCCAGAGCUGACCUACCAGAUGCCUGAUAGACCUCAAUCUCAGCCUCUCCAGCCCAAACUUCAGGGACCAAAGACGACAGCCCUGGAUGAACCCUUGCGUGACCCCUAUGACCCUUCUUGGGCGUCUGACCCAGAGCUUCCCAUUGGUGAGGACUCCACCAGCCUGGUCUUGGAGGACUUUGCUGAUGUAGCGGGCUCCUUAAUGGAUUAUGGCAGUGAGAGGGAAUAUUUGAGAUAGAGAGGCAGGGUGCUGGAGCUAACACACUGGGGCACUACUUAAGCUACAUGAGGUGAUGGGAAUCUACCACCUCGAUUCCAGAGGGUCAGAGCGCCGCUGGCUCCCACUGACACCCCUAAACUGUGAGACGUCUCUCCUGGAAACGCUACGCUAUCAACGGCAUGAAUGUGUCAUACGUCACCAUUCGCUCCUCUCCGUCUCUGUCCCUGUUCUUCGGUCUUGAGCAUGCAGAAUGUAAACUCUUACUUUUUAUCAUUUCAAUUAACAUUUAAGACAUAGGACAGCUCUUACUGACAUCUUUUAACAGUUGGAGAUCAUUUAAUAACAAAGAAAAAGACUCUUAGAGCUAUUUCUGUAGCUGUUAUCAGAGAAAAACAUCUGUCCAGUUAACAGUGGACGUGUUAACCUGCAGAUAUUUUAUCUAACAUUUAGUCAACUCCAAAUUAUGAGUGAAGCCCUGAUUUAAAUCAUAAUUACACGAUUGCAUUGAUGGACCCUGGAGAACUGAGGGCAGGCAGCCGUGCGUUGUUACCCACCAGCACAUUCAUAAAAGGCCAUUUCAUGUUAUGUGACUGAGAGGAAUGAAUCUGCUUAUUUUUGAGGUUUGAAUUCAGACUUGAUUUUCACAUGAUUUAAUGUUAUCUUUCACCUUUGGAAGUUGCUUCACAAAUGAACGAUACUAAAUAUUUGAAACAAUACUGAUUUGAUGAAGGUUGCUGCACAUUUUCUGGGUUUGAUUUUGAACAGUUUUGAUAAAACACAAUUCAAUGAGAAGUUAUGAAACAGCUUAAUGUUGCCAGAUGUGCAGUAUGAUCAGUUCGUCUUCUUUUCAAGCUCUGGAAAGGAUUCAGUUUUGUGGCCUUCUGAUAUCAGCUGUGUUGUUUUCUACUAUUUUGCUGCCAUGUUUAGUUUAUUUAUCAGAUUACCAAACUCAUCCUUUUACUUGUUCUCUGGUGAUUUUUUAAAUGUUUUUAAACAGUGGAGUGUUUAAUACAGUGAUUCAUGGUAUUUCUGUGUUAUUGAACUUCUUCUUUCAUGGGGCCAAGAUUUCUCCAGUUGAUUCAAGUUGUUUACGUUCCUGCUUCCCGUCAUAUGUCACAACACUACUUAGCGCACAAUCUUUAGCGCUGCGAUUACUUCACAGCUUCACCUCAGUGCAAAACUCUCAAAGCUUUCACCCUCGAAAGCCAGCGAAAAGCAAAACACAGCUGCGAGUU